ACUUCCGUCCCGCUCCCCCUUAGCUUUCUCACGAUGCCGCUCCCCCUUAGCCUUCUCACGAUGCCGCUCCCCCUUCCGUCCUCUCCCGAAACUACCCAUCCAUCACCCGAACCCCUCACCCUCACGAGCCGCCCUCACGCUCCGCACACACGCUCCAGACAUGCGCACGAGAAAACGCGCAACCGUCUCACUGCCAAGCGCUCCUACACACAGCCUACUGUGCAUGCGGUGGUUCCCCACAACGUAGUUGCACUCGCAGGCAGAGCCCACGCAUAUGCAGGGUCUCGAUCGACGAAGCGCCGGCACCCCACUUGACUUGGGAUGACAGGCAGAGAGUGGGGAAGGCACAUGUAAGGGAAAGGAUUCGUGGGGGACGCGUGGGGCGGCGGG